AUGGAGGAUUCUUUUGGUCAGCCGGCAUGGUCAUGUUCCCUCAAUUUUCUUUGUCCAGGUGAAGAUGAUUUUGCAAUGACACAAUAUUUAGUUCCCAAGACCGAUCAUGAUGUGAUGAAUGAUUUACCGACCUUCCUAAACCAUGUUUAUGAAAUUACUCCUAGAACAUUUAAAUGGCUAAUUCAAUCUACUGAGAAUCCCAUUUGGGAACGUAGUCACCGCGAACGGGCACUUUUAGUGCUAGCAAUCUCCAAAUGCAGACUAAGGCACAUGAAAGAACUCGUAUGGUUGACCCUUGACAACAUGGAUUUGGAAACUUGCGUCCAAAACUUAGAGAAAGCGGAUUUCUUCAAAUUGUCGAAAAGAAUUAUAUACUGCUUGGGUUUAAUAAUCGCAAGAAAUCGGUGGGGUGGUGACAACAGGAGUCUCAUGGCGCCAUAUGGCGAUUGUUUAAAGGGUCAUUUAAGUCUCAUACAUGGUCUUUUCCUUGUUGGUUCAAAAUGCCACAACUUAAAAGACAUAUAUAAAAACAACCAUCAUAGUUUUCUUCGCAAACUAUUGAUGGGGGUCUUUGAAGCUAUUAUGGGUGGUUUGCCAGAUAGAGAGAGUGAAGGUUUUGAUCAACUUGAAAACUUAUUCAAGAAUUCGAUCGACAUAUGGCUCGAUCAAAUCAUAUCAGCGGGGAUCGAUUUAAUCGAAUAUGGUCAGUGGGAGAAGAAGAUACAGGAUGUCGACCGUUUUAGUGGGACCAUCUUGUUCAGGAGUGAAAGCUCCUCUUCUAUAUGGAAUCACCAUGUCGUGAGCUUGUUGAAUUUUACAUAUGGGCCAAACAAAAUCGAUUGGCAGUUCUGGUUUAAUUUUGAGCCCAAAUUUAUAUAUGAUGGCUGCAUCAAGGAGUUCUGGGAUAUAGUCGAAAAUCCGGAAAGACAGAUACCAGGUGCUUGGAAUUUUGACGCCUAG